AUGAAAAUCGAGUCUUUGCAAGCUGGAAAUCGUCGUGUUUCUGCUCGAUUGAUCUCUUUUAUGAAAUGGUUAUCGAUUCUAGCAACAAUCAGUUUUGUUCUUUGUCUGGAGUUGAUCUUUAUCGAUGCUUUUUUCGAAAACUCAUUUAUAGUUGACGAAGAAAUGGUUUGCGCUCAAUUGGAUUCAAUCUGUUCACCACUUUCCAAUCCUCCAUUUGGUUAUCACCCAAAUUGGAGUCCUCUUCAAUUAUUUGUGAUGAAAUUUGUCACAAAUGUGCUUUUUGUUUGCGUGGUUUUGCCGAUUAUCCUGCUUGCAACUGUUAUCGCUACAAGUCUUAUUCAAAAUGAUUUUCUGCUUCGUGUGAUUUCUCUGACAUUUCUCUACACCUCACUUCACUCUCCCCUCAACAGUUUGGUCGUGAUUUUUGCAUCUAAAACUUAUCGCCAUACUUUGCGACGUUUUCUUCUAUCAUUUGUGAGAAAAACUUAUCAUUCAUCAACAGUCACUAUUGAGGGAGUAAAU